CGCUGUAGCAUGCCUGAAGUGACGGGAAAUUCUUUGGAUCUCGCAGCACUUUGGCCAUAACGGAAGUCGGCUGAUCCCGAGCGCCAUUCAACCAAUAUACUACUACUAAUUUUUUCGUCAUUUGCUCGCUAAAUAUUUACAUAUGAAUCACAGAUGAAAUACAUGUUUAUUAUUUAUUUAUUUAUUCAUGAAUAUAAUGCAUAUCUCAAAUUGCUGAGAGUGCAUGUAUAUGAUUGUAAACUCUAUGAUAUAAUUGCAAUAUAAUAAGAACAAAAUGCUUAAGUGGCUAAUUGCUAUACUUUGUAUAGCAAUUGCAAAUAUUUCUUUGGACUAUACUUCUUUCAUCCAAGAUGAAAGUUACAAAUGUAAACUAGGAGCCAAAACUCCAUAUAGAUGUGUAGCUAAUUAUAAUGAUACACCAAUAAAAUAUUCAGGUUGUACAGAAAAAAAAAUCUGGUUGCUUCUACGGCAUGGCACCAGAUAUCCAGGCAAAAAGUAUAUACCUCGUAUGUUAGAUGAAUUGCCAAAAUGGAAACAUAUAAUAUUAAAGAAUUAUGAUAAUGGUGAAACAAGAUUGUCAGCUGAUGAUGCUGCUUUAUUUAAAAAGUGGAAACCAAUAUUUACUUCAAGUGAUACAAUGAAAUUAGCAAUAGAGGGUGAAAAUGAAAUGAUUGAUCUUGGGGAAAGAUAUCAAGCAAGAUUUCCAUCUCUGAUGCCAGAAGUCUACAGCAAUCAGACCUACAAAUUCAGAUAUACUUCAACUCAACGCACAGAGGAGAGUGCAAAACAUUUUGCUGUUGGAUUAUUUGGUUGGCAAAAAAGUCAGUCUGUUUGGUAUCCAGAACCAGCAUACAGAGAUCCUGUGUUGAGAUUUUACAAAGCUUGUCCUCGUUGGCGUCAAGAAGUUGACAAGAAUCCAAAUGCAAAAGCAGAAAAGAACAAAUUUUUGGAUAGCAAGAUUGUUACUGAUAUGUUAAAUAAUAUUAAAGAUUAUAUUGGCCACUAUGUCAAUUAUGAAACUGCAUUUUUAAUGUAUUCCAUGUGUGCCUUUGAGACUGCUUGGGAUCAAAAUAUAGUAUCUCCUUGGUGCAAGAUAUUUUCCUUAAAUGAUUUUAAGGUAUUUGAAUUUGCAGAAGAUUUAGGGCUUUAUUGGAUUGAUGGAUAUGGAUACCAGUUAACUUAUCAACAAGCAUGUCCUGUCUUAAAAGACAUGUUCGACUUCUUUGUGUCCAACAAAAGCCUAAUAACAACGGUUUAUUUUACACAUUCUGGGACAAUUCUAAAGUUACUGUCUUUACUUGGAGUAGCUAAAGACACAUAUCCUUUAAUGCACAAUUCUUUUACAUUGCAUGAGGAGGAUAAAAGAGCAUGGAAGACCAGUAUUAUUGAUGCAUUUGCAUCUAACAUUGCAUUCGUCCUAUAUGAGUCCCAGUAUUCUGUUCAUGCUUCAAGAACGACCAGUAUAUUUGCCAAACUGCCCAAGGAACAUGCCAUGUUCAAUAUCUACUAUGAAAGCUACAUAUCCAGAUAAUGAUGAGGAAUGUCUAUUUCAUGCUAUGUGCAAUAUAUCAACGUAAGAAAGUUAACAAAAAUGCUUUUGUAACAGAUUUCGUACAAUGCCUUGACACUUGUGUGGGUGUGUGUGUGUGUGCGUAUAUAGGCGCACAUGCCAUAUCUAAGUCAUUAAAUAUUUUUUGUAAAGCAAAUAUGUUAUUCGGAUAAACAAUAUGUUAAACAUGAUUCAGAAUUCGUGAUACUUGUUACGUGCGACAAAUUCACAUAUGUGAAAGAAGAAAAUCAUUAUCAUCAUCAUCUCUUAAGCUUCUUUUUAUGUCUUCAUAAAUAAUUAAAAAUGGCGAGGGUUUAUUUGUUGAGUGUACAGCCCUGAGGGGAAUAGGAAUCUGACUAUUGUAGACAGAAAUGAGCGCAACACAUGAGUUGCAUGACAAAUUCAUUACCAUCAUCAUCAUAACAAACGCAACGUUAAUAAAUUUUAUCAUUUAUAUCAAUUUAUUAUGUUGUCUUUUUC